GCAAGCUUUGGACACUCCAUUUUCUCAUCACCCACUUACCCACCAAACCUUCAGAAACCUCAUUGACUUUCACUUAAUCUGCAAUGGCCACUGCUAGCAUGCUCACUUCUUGUUCAGAUUCGAUAUGUCACAAUAAUAAUCAUCUUAGUAUCCAUUCCCACAAGCUUCAUCCUUCAUCUUCAUCUUCAAGGCGAUGUUUUUUGCCAGUUUUGGGAAAGACAAACAAGAUCACUCAUCACUCCCUACAGUACUUCUUCAGAUCCAACCUUAAACAACAUGGCAGACUUUUUAUUUUUAAGGCUGCCUCUGAUGACCCUUCUUCAGUUCCACAACCUCCCAACAAAUCUCCUUUCCCUGGAUGGCAAUGGAUGAUGGGAAUACUACUAUCAGUAGUUAUACCUGUUUUGAGGACUAAAGGAGGACCUUUGGUUCUCUUAAAAAAUAAUUUGGACAAGGCAAUGGAGACGGUAGAAGAGGUGGUGGAGGUGGUGGAGGAGAUAGCGCACGAAGUAGAUAAGGUGGCGGAGGAUAUAGAGAAGAAGCUUCCAGGAGAUUCUAAGUUAAAGAAAAGCCUUGAUUCCAUUGAAAAUUUAGCUGAACAAGCCGUCAGCUAUGCCAAACAAGCUGAAGGAGUCAUCAAUAAGGUGGAGGAGAUAGAAAAACAGAUAGAAGAGGAAUACUUGAAAGCAAAACGUACAAAUGAGGGACAAGACACCACCGGCAUGGAGUGAACACUGAAAGGAUUAUUAUAUAUACAUAUGUGAAGUUUUAGUGUCUGAUAUAUCUGCGAUGAUGUUUGGGAUUAUUCAACUGUUUUUCUUCCUUAAUCGUUUCUUUAAUUUCUACGACUGCAUA